UGACCGACCGACUCUCCAACGACGACAACGACCCAUCCUCUCACCUCGUCCCCUUUUCAGUACACCUUCGAUUCCCGCUCGAGGUUCAAAGUCGCAAAAAUGGGUGGUGUCACCGUUCGCGAUGUGGACGCGCAGAAGUUCAUCUCUGCUUACUCUGCGUUCUUGAAGCGUCAGGGAAAGCUUCCCAUCCCUGGAUGGGUUGACACUGUCAAGACCUCUUGCUCCAACGAGCUCCCUCCCCAGAACGCUGACUGGUACUACGUCCGUGCCGCUGCCGUCGCUCGUCACAUCUACCUCCGCAAGACCGUUGGUGUUGGCCGCCUCCGCAAGGUCCACGGCUCCGUCAAGAACCGUGGCUCCCGCCCCAACCACCACGUCGAUGCCUCCGGCUCCGUCGACCGCAAGGUCAUCCAGUCCCUCGAGAAGAUCGGUGUCCUCGAGUUCGACGAGGAGAAGGGUGGCCGUCGCAUUACCCAGUCCGGCCAGCGUGAUCUUGACCGUAUCGCCAAGACCACCGUUGACGAGGAUGAGGAGGACGACGAGUAAAUUAGCCUCGGAUUAAAAUAAUGAAAAAGUCCUGAUGUGUUCCACGUUGCCUCUUUUUUCCUUAAUUUUUCCCUCUGGAUACUAAAUUUCCGGGUGAAAAAUCGGGUUAAAAACGGUCGAGUACGCUUCGUCGGCAUGGAUCGAGUGGGAUUGAUGGCUAUGGACUCAGGGAGAGGAAUGAAGUUUCUUUAUUGUUGCAUAUUACAAUGUUCAAUUUCCUGAUGACUCGGGGGCCUACUACGGAGAAUUCACCAACCUUGACUACCCAAAGACAUCCAUCUCUCUCUCCUUCCUAUGUCUUAUCGACAUAUCGCCUCGCCCUGAUCCGAUUCCCGACGGCAUCUCGUGUUUCUCCCCAGGCCUGAAAUAUAGAGCACGUAUGAUAUCAACUUGACAGAUUCAA